CGGGGUCCUGGAGGGGUCCCUGAAGGCCCCGGGCUUGGGGGGCGGCCCAGCGGGGAGCUUCCCUCCCCGGCCCCCUGCUCGGAGUCCUGGCUCCCGCGGGAGGCCGGCGGGAGGCGACGCCGGAGCCUCGGGGAGCCUGGAGGGGCCGCCCCCUGCCGCCUCCUGAGUCGCAGCAGGGCCGAGGGCCGAGCCCUCUUCCAGCCCCUUCUUGGCGCGCUUGGCCUUCGGUGGCCACAGAAGGCCAGGCCAGGGCCUCUGGAGCCUUGGAUGCAGGCCCGUCCCUUUUUCUGGGGUGGGGUUUGGGGUGCUGCUGUAGACACCGGGUAAAAUGAGAUUCUGGGGCACAUCUGUAGCUUCUGAUUCAGGGGACAAAUGAUUUAUUCAUUCAACAAGUAGUUAUUGAGCGCCUAAUACCUACCAGGCUCUACGCAUGUUGGGGAUUCAGCAGUGGGCAACUCAUGCUCCCCCCGCCUUGCGGACCUGACAGUCUAGCAGGGGGGAGAUCUGGGAGGGGCUUCAGAAAUCUGCAUUUUUUUGGAGUACCCUCAGGUGAUUCUGUUGCAGGUGGUACUCCGGGCGUGCUUUGGGGGAAAAAAAAGAAAAAAACACUGCCCCUGCCGGUGAGAGCAUGGGCUACACCUUACUGAAGCCUGCAGGGUCUUGUGGGGUCCGCUGCUGCUUUUCUGUCGCAUCUCAUACCCUCCUCAUUGCUCACUGGGCUUCAGCCGCACUAGUCUUCUUUCUCCAGAACAGCGGCAUCUGCCUCGGAGCCUUUGCAGGUUCGCCGUCCUGCAGACAUGGGGCGCAGAAAGUCCAAACGGAAGCCGCCCCCCAAGAAGAAGAUGACAGGCACCCUAGAGACCCAGUUCACCUGCCCCUUCUGCAACCACGAGAAGUCUUGUGACGUGAAAAUGGACCGUGCCCGCAACACUGGAGUCAUCUCGUGUACCGUGUGCCUAGAGGAGUUCCAGACACCCAUCACCUAUCUGUCAGAACCAGUGGACGUGUACAGCGAUUGGAUAGAUGCCUGCGAGGCAGCCAAUCAGUAGCAACACAGAGGACCCACCCCCGUGGCAGCCCCGCCUGCCGUGGGCCCGCCUACUGGGUACCAAUCCAGAGACAUUCCAGGGUCCAGGGGGUGGGUCCAGGGCCUUUGCAGCCCACAGUGUGUGUGACUUUGGUGUGGGUGUGAGUGUGUGUGGCUGCACGUGUGGCUGUGGGGGUGUGCUUGUGAGCGUGGGGUGGAGUUGAGGGCGCGCUACUGGGCCCCAGGGGCCUGACCGCCUCCCUUGACUCUGAAAGGCUUUGACUCGCUCCCUCCUCCGGCCCCGGGUGGCCGGCCUGGCUCCCCCAGGCCAGCAUCCUGGCGUCUGGCGCCAGGGCAAGCCCAGGAGAGGCUGCCCCGGGACUCUCCAGCCUCCUCCCCCGCUCCUGGUUAGAGCUGCGCUGCCUGCCCUCCUUCCCUGCCUUCCAAGGCCGGUGGCCUGGGAUUUGAAGCCACAGUCCCCCAGGUCCCCUGCAGGGCAGCCCCGGCUCAUUUUUAGUUGCUUUUGUAGAGGCGGGAGGGGCUGGUCGGGGACAGCUGUCAGUCACGGGCUGUUAAAUAAAGCAGAGAUGCAGA